AUGAAGGUCACAUUUAGAGAUCUCAAGCAACAAAAAUUUGUCCUCGAUGUCGAGCCCACAGACAAAAUCUCCGCCGUCAAGGAGAAGAUUUCGGCCGAGAAGGGCUGGGACCCCAAGAGCCAAAAGCUCAUCUACUCAGGAAAAAUCUUGAAAGAUGACGAUACUGUCCAGUCCUACAAUAUCGAGGAGAAAGGAUUCGUUGUCUGCAUGGUGAACAAGCCUAAGCCUGCUGCUGCUCCUGCUGCUGCUGCAGCACCUCCAGCUACUCCUGCGCCGCCAGUUGCCAGCACUCCUGCUGCACCCCCCGCCCCCGUCCAGUCUUCUACUCAAGCCGCCGCUCCCCCCGCGACUCCGACUCCCAACCGCUCCACCGGCACGCCCUCUGGCCUGGCCAUGGGCUCUGAGCGCGCCGAGGCCAUCGCAAACAUGGAAGCUAUGGGUUUCGAGAGAACCCAGAUCGAGGCCGCCAUGCGCGCUGCCUUCAACAACCCUGACCGAGCUGUCGAGUACCUUCUCACUGGUAUCCCAGAGAGCGUCCAGCAGACGCAGCGAGCAGUCUCCCCUCCUCAGGCCGCCGCUCCAGCCGCUGCCCCUCUUGACGAUUCCGACGCUGUUAAUCUGUUUGAUCUCGCUGCUCAGCGGAGAGGUGGAGGCGCCGCCGCCGGGCAAACCGGCGGUGCCCUGUCGCCUGGUGCUGCUGCCGCCCAAGCCGAGUUGGGUAACCUCGACUUCCUUCGCAACAGCCCUCAAUUCCAACAGCUUCGUCAAGUGGUUCAGCAGUCACCCCAAAUGCUCGAGCCCAUCCUUCAGCAGCUUGGUGCAGGGAACCCACAGCUGGCCCAGCUGAUUGCCUCAAAUCCAGAACAGUUUCUACAGCUGCUCGGUGAGGAUGCUGAGGAUGAUGUUCCUCUGCCACCUGGUGCCCAAGCCAUUUCCGUCACAGAGGAGGAGCGCGAUGCUAUCGAGCGGUUAUGUCGACUUGGAUUCGACCGCGACCAGGCUAUCCAGGCCUACUUUGCAUGCGACAAGAAUGAGGAGCUUGCGGCCAACUUCCUGUUCGAUCAGCCAGAGGACGAUGAACCACCUUCAAACUAA